GGAACAAGACGUGCUGUGUGGGAAUAACAAAUAUAGAUAUAUUCGUUUUUUCUUGGAUUGUAUAGGUUACUGGUUUUCAACUCUGUUAUUUUCAAUUGAUAAAGUUGUAGUCUAUAGAAACGUCAGUAAAAUUUUGAAUGCCAAUAUUAUACUACGUAAAUGAUUUUUUAAAUACUACGUAAAAUACUUUUUAUCAUUUCUACCGUUGCCAAAUCGCCCUUUGGAUAAAAAUGAGCACUUGAUGGGAAUUGAACUAUAAGGAAAUGAAGAAUCUUGAUAUCUUCGAUUUGAAGGAUUGUCAGUGAGCGGCCCUCCUCUAUAAGAUGGCUCCCAGUGUGUGUGGAGUGUCCCUGGCUGUGGUGUUGCUGACCCUGGUGUCUCCUGGUGGUGCCUGCCCUCUGCCCUGCUCUUGCUACCAGCCCACUGAACUACACUGCACCUUCAGAUCUCUGGUCAACAUACCACAGCCCCUACCGCAAUACACACUACACAUCAACCUGGGGUUCAACAGUAUCAGCAGGAUCCCAGACAGCUCAUUGGCCGGUCUGAGGAGGCUGGCGCUGCUGAUGCUUCAUGGGAAUGACAUCCAUGAGAUUCCCGACGGAGCUUUCCAAGAUCUGUCUUCCCUUCAGGUCCUGAAGCUGAGCUAUAACAAGCUGAGAGAGAUCUCAGCAAAGAGCUUCUCAGGCCUAUCCUCUCUACAGCGCCUCCACCUGGAUCACAACUGGCUGCAGUCCCUCCACCCCCAGGCCCUGCUCCACCUCCCCAGCCUCAGACUGAUCCGACUGCAGGGGAACCGGCUCCACCAGCUGCACCCGCAGGCCUUCUGCACUCUGUCCCUACUGCAGACAUUCUGCUACUCCACCCUCAGGCAUCUGGACGUGUCCAACAACAGUCUGACGAACCUGCCCAGAGACAUACUGAGGACCGCCCCUCUUCUGGAGUCCCUAGCUCUGCAGGCCAACCCUUGGACCUGCGACUGCAGCAUGGCUUGGCUGCAGGCCUGGAGCAUCUCUCACCCAGGGUUGUUGAAAUGUCCGGGGCCACAGUGCCUGGUCUGUGCCUCACCCAAUCACCUGAAGGGACGUGGUCUUUUGCAGCAGAAAGACUUAUCCUGCUCCUCGCCUGUAAUUGCCACCAAUCCCAGAGCCUCAUCUCAGGAGGAUGGCGGAAUUCAGUCAAUAGAAACUUUUAGAGAGGCUUUAGGUCACGCCUCCUUGGGGAUGUCCGACCAACAGGGGAAUGCCGUUGAUCUGAAGUGUAACAUCACACACUCCUCACAGACUCCUGACAUUACCCCACCACAACUUUCCUCCUCCUUCACCCCCCUCUCCCUCUCUCUUUCCCUUUCCCUGGUCUGUGGGGUGGAUGGGCACAGCUAUGAGAGGCUGUGGAGGCUGAUGGCCUACUACAGUGAGACACCUGCCAGGCUUCAGAGAGAAAUCAUGUUGAGUAAAGCCCCAACACUUGCCUACAGGUACAGACAGAGAGCAGAGAGAGAGGGCUACUACCAUACAGGGGUCAGGGCCAGUGUCCAAGCCCAUCCUGCCUGGUUACUGCAGCCCCAUGUUAGUCUCCUGUUCAACAGAGCUCAGUCCAGCACCCACAGGGUUACACUGACCCUGUCCACCCUGGUGUCUGCCCCCCCAGACCCCCCAUCCCAACACCCCUGGGUCCUCAUCCAGACCAACCACACCCACACAGCUUUUACAGCAGCCACAGACAGCCAGAUCCACCUGCCCUGUCCUGUCCUUAGCUCUACUGAGGACCUAAGCUCUGGAGACCCCAGGCUCCAAUGGGUGUUUCCAGAUGGUUUAACAGUCUCCUUCCCCUACCACAGCUCAGAUGGUAGGGUCCGGGUGUCUGGCCAAGGGCUGAUCCUGCAGAGUGUGGAUCACUCUGAUGCUGGACUGUACUACUGCGUGGCCCGGGCGGGGGGAAAUGUCGAUGUUCUCCCCCUCCGUCUGGUGGUAGUAGAAUCACCCAAUGCUCCCCCAGGGGAGGAGCUAGGCGCUGCUGUGACUGGAUUGGUUGGAGACCCUGUCAGUCUACCGUGUGAGGCCUCUGGUUCACCGAAGAUUGAGGUGAACUGGGUUCUUCCUGACGGGGAAGUGGUAGGGAGUAGGAACAAGGGGAGAAGAAGGGGGGAGGCAGGGGUGACUGUCUUAGCCAAUGGUACCCUGUCUCUCCCCUUCCCUGGGCAGAGAGACGCAGGACUAUACCGUUGUGUAGCGGUGAACCAGCACGGUGCCGACUCUCACUCCACCAGACUGAUUCUAACCCCACGUCCUACCGACACCUCAUCAAGCAUGAGAUAUCCCAUGAGGCCACAGUCUGUGAUGGGGUUGUCCAACAGGGUACCAGCCCCUCUAGGGAUCAAGGAGGUUGAAGAGGGGGUGUCAGGAAAUGACAAGGAGGAGGAGAACAUACUGCACACCAGGGCAGGUAACACCAGGAGGAGAGGUCUUAGACCUAAACCUCCCCUGACACGGCGCCCCCCCAUCAGAUCUCACAUGGUGAGGGUGGAGGGAGGCGGACCCCCUCAGAGGGGAAGGAGGCCCCUGAGGAGACGCUUCCCUGUGGAGCAGAAGAGGAACAGGCUGGAGGGCCGUCGGAGGUUUAACCUGGCCAAACACAAGAUAGACCCUCAGAAAUGGGCCGAGUUGCUGGCUAAGAUACGUGAAAGGACUGCCCCUAAAAUCACAGACUCCCUGUAUGUAUCACCCCCAACUAGAGCACGUACUACCACCUCAGCCCCCCCAACUAGAGCAAAGACAACCACCUCAACCCCAACUGAAGCAAAGACAACAACCUCAACCCCAACUGAAGCAAAGACAACCACCUCAACCCCAACUGAAGCAAAGACAACCACCUCAAUCCUAACUGAAGCAAAGACAACCACCUCAACCCCAACUGAAGCAAAGACAACAACCUCAACCCCAACUGAAGCAAAGACAACCACCCUAACCCCAACUGAAGCAAAGACAACCACCUCAACCCCAACUGAAGCAAAGACAACCACCCUAACCCCAACUGAAGCAAAGAAAACCACCUCAGCCCCAACUGAAGCAAAGACAACCACCCUAACCCCAACUGAAGCAAAGACAACCACCUCAACCCCAACUGAAGCAAAGACAACCACCUCAACCCCAACUGAAGCAAAGACAACAACCUCAACCCCAACUGAAGCAAAGACAACCACCUCAACCCCAACUGAAGCAAAGACAACCACCCUAACCCCAACUGAAGCAAAGACAACCACCUCAACCCCAACUGAAGCAAAGACAACAAACUCAACCCCAACUGAAGCAAAGACAACAAACUCAACCCCAACUGAAGCAACGACAACAACCUCAGUCCUAACUGAAGCAAAGAAAACCACCUCAAUCCUAACUGAAGCAAUGACAACAACCUCAACCUCAACUGAAGCAACGACAACAACCUCAAUCCUAACUGAAGCAAAGACAACCACCUCAACCCCAACUGAAGCAAAGACAACAGCCUCAAUCCUAACUGAAGCAAAGAAAACCACCUCAAUCCUAACUGAAGCAAUGACAACAACCUCAACCCCAACUGAAGCAACGACAACAACCUCAAUCCUAACUGAAGCAAAGACAACAAACUCAACCCCAACUGAAGCAAAGACAACAACCUCAACCCCAACUGAAGCAAAGACAACAAACUCAACCCCAACUGAAGCAAAGACAACCACCUCAAUCCUAACUGAAGCAACGACAACAACCUCAAUCCUAACUGAAGCAAAGACAACCACCUCAAACCCAACCAAAGCAAAGACAACCGCAGCAUCCCCAACUGAAGCAAAGACAACCAGAAUGCAGACAACCAGAAUAAAGCCAGGCAGCACACAACCAAAGACCACACAACCAAAGACCACACUACCAAACACCACACUACCAAAGAGCACACCAGAGGUUACAGUGGGAGGAAAAUCCCCUCAACGUACUGUAUUGGAGUCAGAGGCUGAUACCACAGAGGGUUUUUCCAUAGAUGUCCCCAGUCUACAGGAAGAGGGAUUGAAUACUGUCCACACAUCACUGAUCCCAGACCUGCUAACAAAGGAUAGAGUGGCCCCAGAGACAACAAACACUGCAGAUCAGACCAAUAACUUCCCCCAGACCCCUCAGUCAAACACAGACACAGAUACAGGGACAGGAACAGAGACAGAGAGUUCCCCUAAAAGCACAAAGCCAACCUCCAGCAUCAAUGACAUUAGCACAGAGCUGGUCCUUAAUCCUGUAAGGACCACAGGUGAGAGGAGGAGGUAUGGAACAACAAACUCUGGACAGUUAACAUUCUCCAACUCUGUCCCAUCGCAAUCCAGAAUCCCCUGGAAUUCCAGGAGAAGGCCCGGCCAGAGGAGACGCAUCAGCAGACCCAGAGGACGACCCACCGCCCCCCAGAAUUCCCCAGGUCCAACCUCCCCUCGCCAGAAUACCCCAGGUCCAACCUCCCCUCGCCAGAAUACCCCAGGUUCAACCUCCUCUCGCCAGAAUACCCCAGGUCCAACCUCCCCUCGCCAGAAUACCCCAAGUCCAACCUCCUCUCGCCAGAAUACCCCAGGUCCAACCUCCUCUCGCCAGAAUACCCCAGGUCCAACCUCUCCUCGCCAGAAUACCCCAGGGUCAACCUCCCCUCGCCAGAAUACCCCAGGUCCAACCUCCUCUCGCCAGAAUACCCCAGGUCCAACCUCCUCUCGCCAGAAUACCCCAGGUCCAACCUCCUCUCGCCAGAAUACCCCAGGUCCAACCUCCCCUCGCCAGAAUACCCCAGGUCCAACCUCCUCUCGCCAGAAUACCCCAGGUCCAACCUCUCCUCACCAGAAUACCCCAGGUUCAACCUCCCCUCGCCAGAAUACCCCAGGUCCAACCUCCUCUCGCCAGAAUACCUCAGGUCCAACCUCCCCUCGCCAGAAUACCCCAGGUCCAACCUCCUCUCGCCAGAAUACCCCAGGUCCAACCUCCCCUCGCCAGAAUACCCCAGGUCCAACCUCCCCUCUCCAGAAUACCCCAGGUCCAACCUCCUCUCGACAGAAUACCCUAGGUCCAACCUCCCCUCGCCAGAAUACCCCAGGUCCAACCUCCCCUCGCCAGAAUACACCAGGUCCAACCUCCUCUCGUCAGAAUACCCCAGGUCCAACCUCCUCUCGCCAGAAUACCCCCAGAGCAGCACUUGCAGACCCCAGGGGACUGCCAGCAGCUGCAACAACCACUACUAGAACCACUACUACAACCACUACUAGAACUACUGCUCCAUCCUCUACUAGGAUCACUGCUCCAUCAAGCACAUCCAUCUCCCCCUCUGCUUUCUUUCCUGCCUCUCCCCCCCAGACACACACAGACAGGGUGACUCACUCAGCAAACACUGCUUCCCGGCUCCCUGACAGGUCCCAAACGACUAGCACACACACACAGAUUUGCACACACACUCGCACACACACUGGCAAACAUACACCCACAGUCACAACAACUAGUACACACACAGACAAAUAUACACCCACAGUUACACACAGCGAUACAGACAAACAGAGUUAUGAUGAAACAGAGGGUCAGGUCUGGGCCACUCCAAAAGAGCAGGUUCUAUCUCUCUUCAACCCAGAGGAUAUCAAAACAACUCCCCCUCGGUCUGGAACCACACCAGGCAGAACAACAUCUACGGGCACUGAGAUAGAACCAAGUGAGAUAAAACCCCUCUACCCAGCUGCUGAUGAAGAACCCAAUGAGGAAGAACCACCAGCCACUGAUGAAGAACCCAGUGAAAAAGAACCACCAGCAAAUGAUGAAGAACCCAGUGAGAUAGAACCACCAGCAACUGAUGAAGAACACAGAGAGGUUGAACCACCAGCAACUGAGGAGGAACACAGAGAGGUAGAACCACCAGCCACUGAUGAAGAACAAAGAGAGGUAGAAACACCAGCCACUGAUGAAGAACACAGAGAGAUAGAACCACCAGCCACUGAUGAAGAACACAGUGAGAUGGAAACACCAGCAACUGAUGAAGAACACAGUGAGAUAGAACCACCAGCCACUGAUGAAGAACACAGUGAGAUGGAAACACCAGCAACUGAUGAAGAACACAGUGAGAUGGAACCACCAGCAACUGAUGAAAAACACAGUGAGAUGGAACCACCAGCAACUGAUGAAGAACAAAGAGAGGUAGAACCACCAGCUACUGAUGAAGAACACAGAGAGAUAGAACCACCAGCCACUGAUGAAGAACACAGUGAGAUGGAACCACUAGCCACUGAUGAAGAACACAGUGAGAUGGAACCACCAGCAACUAAUGAAGAACACAGUGAGAUAGAACCACCAGCAACUGAUGAAGAACACAGUGAGAUGGAACCACCAGCAACUGAUGAAGAAUACAGUGAGAUGGAAACACCAGCAACUGAUGAAGAACACAGUGAGAUGGAACCACCAGCAACUGAUGAAGAACACAGUGAGAUGGAACCACCAGCAACUGAUGAAGAACACAGUGAGAUGGAACCACCAGCAACUAAUGAAGAACACAGUGAGAUAGAACCACCAGCAACUGAUGAAGAACACAGUGAGAUGGAACCACCAGCAACUGAUGAAGAAUACAGUGAGAUGGAAACACCAGCAACUGAUGAAGAACACAGUGAGAUGGAACCACCAGCAACUGAUGAAGAACACAGUGAGAUGGAACCACCAGCAACUGAUGAAGAACACAGUGAGAUGGAACCACCAGCCACUGAUGAAGAACACAGUGAGAUGGAACCACCAGCCACUGAUGAAGAACACAGUGAGAUGGAACAACCAGCCACUGAUGAAGAACACAGUGAGAUGGAACCACCAGCCACUGAUGAAGAACACAGUGAGAUGGAACCAGUUUAUCUAGCACCUGAUAAACCAGAGGAGAGACAACCAGAGUCAGAAAUAAACAGCUCUCUUUCAUCUACAACACAACUACUGUCCCCAAACACAACUGAUACAGCAGCUACCACCGUUUCAGCCAUCACCUCCUCUACAGUCAUCACCUCCAUUAGAAGAACUAACACUAUAACUAUUCCUACAACUACUAUUCCUACUACCACUAUUCCCACAACUACUACCACUAUUCCCACAACUACUACCACUAUUCCUACAAAUACUACCACUAUUCCUACAACUACUACCAUUAUUCCCACAACUACUACCACUAUUCCCACAACUACUACCACUAUUCCUACAACUACUACCACUAUUCCCACAACUACUACCACUAUUCCCACAACUACUACCACUAUUCCCAGAACUACGACUGCCACUCCUACUACUACAACAGUCUGGAGGAAUCCUGGGCUAAAUGCCAUCCCAGACUCACAUGUCAGUCGCUACCGCCCCCCACCUUACCCCAACGACCCACAACACCUUAUCACUAGGCCUGACCCAGUCAGAACUCCACCCCCAAUAAAACACGCACCCUCUCUCCCACACCGUGCCAACCCCAAACUUCUUCUCCCAGACAUUUUAGAGACCCCUUCCUCUGCAGUCCUCACCACAAGAGCUCCGUCCAGCCCUCCCAAGAUCUUCCCACCCACCACAGACCCUCAGCCCGGGGUCAACACUGGCUCUACUCCUCCUCGUUCCCCUCCCCUCUCUCCACACCGUAGUGUGACUGCCCAACGCCCCCCUCAGACCCCUGUCCUGCGUGUCAGGCCCCUUAUCACCCCCCCCCACGUACGCUCCAUGUCUGUCCCAGCUGAGAGUGACGCCUUCCUGCCAUGCGAGGCCAUUGGACAGCCUCCUCCGACAAUCACCUGGAUCAAGGUCUCCACAGGAGCUGUGAUAUCGCUGGACACCAAGGCAGAGCGUUUCCAGGUUCUACCCAAUGGAACCUUUCUCAUCCGGAGCGUGCAGGUCCAGGACCGGGGGACAUAUAUCUGCAGCGCACAGAACUCUGUGGGUCUUGCCCGCGUGAUGGUGACUCUGGAGGUCUGGUCCCGCCCACCACGCAUUCAGCUACCCACUCACAGAGAGGUCACGGUGCACCAGGGGGGAGAGGUGAGGUGGGAGUGUCGGGCUCAGGGGGUGCCUGUCCCUCUGCUGUCCUGGGUGCUACCUGACCGCUCCAUCCUGACUCCCGACCUUAACUCCAACCCUGCCCAUGGCCCUCACCCCCGGGUGUCUAUAUUCCCUAAUGGUACUCUGCGUAUUGUGGCUGUCGGCCCAGCAGACAGAGGACUGUAUCGCUGUGUAGCCUCCAACCCAGCAGGGGCUAGCAGUCUGUCAGUCCGACUCCAUGUCUCCUUCCUGCCUCCAGUCAUCCAGCAGCCGAGAGCGGAAAGGGUAACCCAGCCAGCUGGCAUGCCUGUCUACGCCCACUGCUCUGCCCGGGGGGCCCCCGUUCCCUCCAUCCGCUGGAGGACCCCAGAUGGUACGCUGCUGCUCCCCUCUCAAUUCCUCAAUGGGAACCUGUUUGUCCUCCCCAACGCCACCUUGCUGAUACGCAGGCUUUCCACUAAGGACUCUGGGAGCUAUGAGUGCCUGGCGACUAAUGCAGUAGGCGGGGAUAAGAGGACGGUGAGGGUGUUGGUGACUGGAGAUGAAGGAGGAGGUGUUGUCUCCACAGAUAAAACUACAUCCUCCUCUUCCAUUAACAGUAACUCUGACCUGAACCCCUCCUCAGCCGUCCUUAACCCUCCUCUCCGGCCCUCCUCCCCCCUCAGUAAGGCUAAAAUCCUCUCCACCUCCCCAUCCAGUUCUAUAGUUGUAUAUGGAGAAACUCUGGUCCUUCAAUGUUCAGUAACCGGCUACCCAGAGCCUAGAGUGGUCUGGAGGGUACCUGGCAAGAAACUAGUGGAUGCCCACUACAGUUUUGACAAGAGGAUGAAGGUACACAGUAAUGGAACGCUGUAUAUCCAGUCCAUGACAGAGAAAGACGGGGGGGACUAUUUAUGUGUCGCACGAAAUAAAUUGGCUGAUGACUACCGCCUCCUCCGUGUCACCGUGGUCACGAAGCCCGCUAAACCCGCUAAGAUUGAGCCAAAGCAGCCAUCCAAUCAGAAGGUGGUAUCAUAUGGAGCAGCUUUAAAGGUAGACUGUCUGGCCACCGGGCAGCCUGACCCCGCAGUGAGAUGGAGCCUACCGGACGGAACCUCAGUGAACAGCGUACUGUUGCAAGGGGACGAGAAAGGGGGACGGAGGAGGCGGCUGGUGGUGUUUCACAACGGGACUCUGUUCCUCCCGUCAGUGGGGAUGGGGGAGGAGGGGGAGUACGUCUGCCACGCUGAGAACCAGAUGGGGAGAGACUCCAUGAGGGUGAUGAUCAAAGUCCUUACCUCACCCCCUUCCUUCCAAAGAACGAGAUAUGAGGUCAUCAAGGUGCAACAAGGGGGCGUGGUGGCUCUGAACUGUGGGGCCAAAGGAGAGCCCAUCCCUACAGUCACAUGGUUUUCUCCAAUCAAUCGUGUCAUCCCUGUGGGGGGGUCCGGUCCAGUUGUAGUGCGGCCAGAUGGCUCCUUGGUGAUCCAGGGGGCUAGAGGGGCUGACGGAGGAAACUACACCUGCCGAGCCAGCAACGUGGCUGGGGAGAGGAGCAGGGUGAUGGGGGUGGAGGUGAGCGUGACCCCACCCAGCUUCACUCUCAAUGGGACUAGGGGUGGACUUGAUGGGACAGACAGACAUACAGCUGUUGUUAGCAGUAGUGGACUCAGUACUGUGAUCACCAUCAGUCAGUCUGCAGGGAGGGUUCAGUCAGGCAGGACUGGUAAUGGUGUCAGUAGUGGUAAUGGUGUCAUUAAUCAUGAAGAGAGUCAUAAUGGAGUCAGUAAUGUAGGGGACCAGAGGGUCUCAGCAGUAAGAGGCCAGACAGUUCUUUUGCCCUGUCCAUCCCAGGGCUUCCCUCCACCCCGCUUGGCCUGGUUGCUGCCUGGUAACGGGGUUCUCCCGGCGCCUUACUACGGCAGCAGACUCACUGUGCACCGCAACGGAACCCUGGAGCUGAGGGGGAGGGCAAGCGAUGCUGGUCUGCUGGUGUGUGU